CUCUCUCUCUCUCUUACUAUAUUGUUGUCACAUGGGUUGGGGUGUGGAUCGGUGAAGGGCAGAGGGAAAUAAAAGUGUGUAUAUAUUGCUUUCAGUGUGUAUCUAUAUACGGGGCAAGAGCUCAGAGCCUCAGACCUUGGUUUUCUAAAAGUGGUGUUGGCAUCUUUGUUUUUGCAUUAACAAAAGUUCUCCCCAAUAAAAUAUACAUUGACAUUUCUUAGUUCUUGUAAAUCUCUCUCUAUUUUUUUCUGCAUUGUUCAAGGUCUGAUCUAAAUCUAAUCAAUGGCAGAUGAUGAGAGGUGGGUCUUUCAGUUUCUAUAGAUUUUAGUUGAAUCUGGGUACUGUAGAUAUAGAUCAACAAAUUGCAAGAACAACUCCGGCCUGUUUCCGUGAAACGGAAAACAAGAAGAAGAUGAUGAGUGGUGUCAAUGCAGAUGUAAAAGUAAAACUGAGUGAGAAGAAGAUGGAAGGAGACGAUGCUCUGAGGACUGUGGAGUGUUUAAGAGGAAGAUUGCAAGCAGAGAGAGUGGCUUCACGCCUUGCCAAUGACAAAACUGAGCAAUUGGGAAAGAAGCUGAUAGAGCUAGAGAACCAAUUGAGGAUAGAAAUCAAAUCAAGAAACAAAGCUGAGAAGAAGCUGAAAUUCCUAAUGAAGAAGCUCAAUUCCUUGAACAUAUCAUAUGUUUCAGAAGAGUCUGAGCAUUCAAGCAUGUUUGAGAGGAGUGACAUGUCCUCUGUAUCAUCCACAGCCUCUUCAAGUACCAAAGAACCCAAAACCCAAAUCACAAGCCCUACAAAAUGUGAUAAUGUUGGCACAAUUGAGAAGCCAAAUUGCCCGAUGGUCUCAAAUUUGAAGCACUCUGAAGAGAGUCUCAGUUCUUCUGCAAGUGAACCCAAUUCUGACAAGUACAGUAAGCUUGAAUCAAGUCGAAAGUACGAUGAUUCGAAGAGAGAUGAUCAAAGCUUCGAAUCUUCCAUCGAAGAGAAGGAGAUUAAUGGUGAAAAUGAUGGCGAUCAAAACAGCUGCGUGGAUAACUCACUGGCAAUAGUCCCGUAUGAUUUGCCUAUAGAAUCGUCCCGGAGCAUUGAACCAGAGUCACCUAUUGUUAAUGCUAGUGUUAAAGAUGUUCUUGAUGCUCUAAGGCAUGCUAGAGAAAAGAUUCAAAGUUCAAUGCAGAGAAGACAUAUGAUUAAAGUUGGCUGAAGAAAACAAAAAAUUCUGGUUUAGUAUUUAUACAGUUGGAGAUAAUGUAACAUAAGGGGUACAUAUAGUAUUUCAUAUCCUUGUUUGUUUUGCAUACAGAGGCGGGGAGGGUGGUUUUUGUGUACAAGUAGUUGAGUUGAUUAUGAAUUUAUCUAUCUUAUGCUUUUUCCUUAAUCUAGAAAUUCAUUUCGGACAA